UACGAAACAAUUCAAUUAAGAAAACUUACUUGUAACUAUUCGUGUUCAAUAAUUUUAUCUAGCAAAAAACAACCAAAGAAACCUUGCACAAGUUAUCGGUGCAUAUCUGAACAAUCGAACUGUUCAUGUAAUAUCAACAAAACAGGGAACAGUUCCCGUCCUAGUACCCGGUCUGUUGAUACUUUAGCUCUCGACAAGUCAGUCUUACUGGAUAAAUUAAGGGAUAAUUUAACAUCAUAUUUUGACGAAGAGAAGAAUACAAGACAAAAAGCUGACCGAUGUCCUGCAGAAAAUUCUCAUAAGUGGGAUUUCAACUGCGUAUCGCUUUGUCCUGAUAUGCCACAUUUAAGUGCGACAUCUGCGCGUGCGCAGGUUUAUAUCAAAUGUAAGAGUAAACCAACCAUCGAAUUAGUGAACGUUAAACAAAUGACGCCAAUUCAAACUUUUCCGGAAAAUUCAAAAUGCAUUUCUGAAUUUGUAAUGCAGAACUGUUACGAUGGCAACCCAGUGCCAAGUCUAGUUCAUUAUAUCUGGUUUUCCAAAAAAGAAAUUAAUUUUUAUCAUUUUCUUAGCUUUCUUAGUGCUAGUAAGUUUUUAAAACCAUGUUUGAUAAUGGUUCAUGGUGACUAUCCGCCAUUCGGAUUCUAUUGGGUAUAUUUAUUAAAUCUAGUGCCAAAUAUAAUUCACGUGCAAAGAAAUCCACCGGAAGUUGUAUUCGGAAUACCAUUAGGCAACAUAGAACAUAAAGCAGAUGUUGGCAGAAAACAGGCUUUACAAAAGUGA